AAACUACACACCUCACUCACUACGAACCCUCCCUCUUCUGGUCCUUUUCCUCUCUUCGAGACACCUUCUUCUGCACCCUCUUCGUAAGCAAUUGUUGAUUUUCCUGUACCAGGAGGUAAAAUUACCAAAAGGGUUCAAUUAUUUGUGUGUGUGAUCAAUUGGGUCCAAUCCGGAAACAUCAAAGGUUGAGCAUGAAUUGAGUUGAAGCUGGCACGGUAAGUUAGGUUUUGUUCUGGACUCGGAGCCCAGAAGAGCUUGCUGUCUGUUAUCGUGGUUGUAGAUACAGUUUUUGAAUCCAUGGAGGCUUAUAAGAGAUGGGUUAGGGGGAACAAGGAGUAUGUACAUUCAUUGGAGUCUCUGGCUAAUGGAUUGACAUGGCUUCUUCCAGAACGGUUUUCUGAAUCAGAAAUAGGACCAGAAGCAGUAACUGCAAUUUUGGGCAUAAUCACAGCUGUCAACGAACAUAUAAUUGAUACGACCCCAACCCAAAUACAUACAGGAUCUUCACAGCCAUCUUCCUUCCCUUAUUCCUUAUGCAUAACUUUACUUAAAGACUUGGAAACAUUGGUGGAAGUUGUGGCACAGCAUUUCUAUGGUGAUGAUAAAAAAUGGAAUUUCAUUGCUGUUACAGAGUUUGCCAAGGUUUUAGUUAGGCUAGCCUUGUUCCGGAACAGUGGAUACAAGAUGCUUUUGCAUGGAGGAGAGAUACCAAAUGUUGAAAAGAGUUCAGAUGCUUUAAAUCCCCACCAUAGAUUUGGACAUUUAGCAAAGCCUGGAUGGAAUCAGGGGCCUGGCAAUUUAAAGAAUUAUCAUGGGCAGAAUCCUUGGAAUCUUGAAGGAAGGGCAAUGUCUGCCUUGAGUAGGUUUGGGGAAAAUGCUAGGAUGGUUUCUGAACCAACAUGGUUGCGCAGGGUUCAACACCAGCAAGCAAUCAUGGAGCCUUCGUCUUUGGUUGUUCAAAGACCUACCCUUCCCACUUUCUUGUCUGAAACGGGUGUUCUUGGGGGCUUAUUUAUGAUGGGGGAGGUGAUGUUCAUCACAAGGCCACUCAUCUAUGUUUUACUGAUAAGGAAGUAUGGAAUUCGGUCAUGGUUUCCUUGGUUUGUAUCCUUGGCUGUGGACCUUGUCGGAGUGGGCAUUCUUUCCCAAAUUACAAUGUCAGGGCAUAGAAAGAAAGACCAACAAUUUCAUCUUUCCAGCUCCGAAAAGGAUGAGGUGAAAAGGCGGAGGCUGUUGUGGGCGCUUUACCUCAUGAGGGAUCCAUUCUUUAGCAAGUAUACCCGGCAAAAACUUGAAAGAACUGAAAAACUAUUAGAGCCUGUUCCUAUUGUUGGCUUUCUUACAGCAAAAAUUAUCGAGCUUAUCAUUGGAGCUCAGACACGUUACACUUACAUGUCAGGUUCAUGAGAUGAAAGCUGCAUGCUUGCACCUUUUUGGUGAAGUAUUUCUCCAAUUUUUUUUUCCUUGGUGUAUUUCUCUUAUUUUAGGAAUAAUUACUUGUUUUCAUUUUCUCAGCAUUCUUAAUUCGAGAUUCAAAUACAAAUAUCAAAUGGCUGUAUCAAAUUUUGUUAAUAUCCAUGGUUAAAUUAAUGUGCACCUUAGAUUAAUGUUUUAAUCAAAUGCUUUUUUCCUUAUAGAA